AUGAGACUUGCCAACUGCGAGCUGAUCUUCAACUCAUCCGAUGUCCCCAUCGUGGUGUCCGGCAAUCGGACUGUGUACCUUCCUGGUGACUCAGUCGAAUAUGCCUGCCCUGACGGAUAUCAUCUCAGCGGGUCCACUACAAGAUAUUGUCGAUCAGACUUCACGUGGUCUUCCCCGGUUGCCGUAUGCAAUCAAGUUAAGGCUGCCCCAGCAAGAUUUUCCAUGCCAGUGGUACAGAUUAUCGGCGGAGGAGCGGGUGGUGUGAUCUUCAUUAUCAUUUUCUUUGUUGCUCUUUUCGCGAUAAAACGGCGAACACCACGGGAUCAUCCCGUUCAGAACAGACGCGAUGCUACCGUGCUCAGUUGUACCAUUCCUGGAGAGGGCGCCCUACCCUCAUCGGAGCUGGCAUACCAGGAAACAAUCCUCGACGAUGCCAUUAUUAACAGCUACGCUGAUUUGCCCCGUCGUAAUGCUCCUCUUCCGCCGAUUCCUGACAAAACCCCGACUAAGGAGGCAUGCGAGACAUAUUGCAACUUGCAAUAUUGAUCCGGUGUUGUCUUUGUAUGUAUUGGU